GCCCAUAUUGAAAGUUAGAAAUCAGGUGGAAAAUUUUGUGUUUACAAAACUGUGCAUUUUCUUAGCUAGAAUUCUCCUUUUCAAUGUCUUCAGCUGCUGCUCGACAAGAUUCAGAGGACUUUGAGGUCUCUGACUUGGUGUGGGCUAAAAUGAGAGGGUUUCCUCACUGGCCAGCCAGAGUACUACCAAAGCCAUCAGGACAGCAUUGCCCUUCAUCAAACUCUUAUUAUUUAUUUUUCUAUGGAACUCAUAAUGUUGCAUGGCUGCCAAGCAAAGACAUAGUUCCUUUCAAGAGGUAUCAGCAAAAGUUUCGUAAGAAUUCCCAGAGGCAGAGACCCGGGCUCUCCGAAGCAGUGUGGGAGAUCGAAGAAGACCCAGACCUACAGGUAUCGGGAGACGGAGCACUCUUGAAGAAAUUUAUGAAAAAUGGAAGAAAGUAUAAGCGGAAAUCUAGCUCUAAGAAAGAAGACAUUUUAAAAAUUAAGACAGAGCCGAUAACUCCUAAACAAGAAUGUCCUGAUGCUUCGAUAACUGAGGCUGUGUCUCAAUCUGGUUCGAUUGCUACGAGAAGGUCCGUUCGUCUUCAAAAGAGUAGCUCUUCAAGCCCUGCCAUUUCUACUAGCCAGAACUCACCAUCUACAGCAGGAACUGUUCCUUUAUUGCAAGAUGAGUCUCGUCCUCAAAACUCUCCCAAAGAUAAAACUGAAGUUACGAUUGACGAUAAAAAUGAAGAUACAAGUGAAGAUCCCUUACAGAUCCCAGUAUCAUCAGCUGCUAAGAGAAAGUCGUCAAGUAAAGCAGCAGCUUCUCCUAAUGUCAGUACUAGGAGAAGUAAACGUAUUAAUAAUAGGACGCCACUCUCUGAUAAGAUAAAAGUAGAAUUGACGUCAAAUGAGGAAGUGGCUGUAUCAGAUGCUGUGCAGGAUUCUAUGGAUCUUGAUCCUGCACAUGUAGAAACUAGAGCAGACAUGAGGCCCACUGUUGCGACUGAAGAAGAAGAAGAAGUGAUUAUUAGUGACAAUGAAAAUGCAAGAACGAAUGAGAAUAGUGACCUUGCUGAGCUGAUGAAAGACAAAGAUCAUGAAAUGGAAGCAGUGGUAACAGCACAAGAAAAACCUUGUGAUGAAGUUGCAAGUACUGCUGGGACAAAUGAAGCCAUCAAUAGUCAUAGUUCUAAUGGAGAAGAGGUAGUAGGAAUAUCAAGAGAAGAUGACUCCAUUAAAGCAGGAAUGGCUGUUGAGAGAUUAGAGAUAUCGAUUGAAGAAAUGGCAGAAACACAGACAGAUAUUGUAGAGGAAACGAUUGCCGAGGACAAGAAACCCAAAAUAGAAAUAAAAGUAUUAAUCUCAAAUGUAGAGAAACCCAUUGAAGAACGACCAGUAAGAACAACAACAAUGACAGUUGAAGAAAAAAUAGAAGAAAUGAAUCUUACAGUCGAGAUAAGGGAACCGAUGGGAGUAGGGGAAAAAACUGAGGAAAUGGGGCUGGAAGAUAAUGUAGAAGAAAUGAUGGCAGUGGAAGUGAAUACAGAGGAAAUAGCUGUAGAAGAGAGUCCAGUGGAAGUAGGAGAAAAGACAGAAGAAAGAAUAUUGGAAGAGACAGAGGUAAUAACAGAAGAGGUUUUUAUGGUUGAAGAGGUAAAGCCUAACAUACUAGCUGAGAUUCCAUCGGGAGAAAAGACAGUGGAAGCAGCCAUGGUUGUAGAAGAAGCAAUGACAGUAGAGAAACCAAUGACAGUGGAUGAAGCAAUGGCCAUGGAAGAAGCACCAGCAGUAGAGAAACCAAUGACAGUAGAAGAAGCAAUGACAGUGGACCCUGAGACCACAGUGACUGAAGAAGAAGCUGCAAUUACAAUUGAGCUAGCACAAGUUAAAAUAUCAGGAGGUCUUGGAGAGGAAGAGAAUUCAAAAGAUAGAGCUAAAAUGGAAGAGCAAGUAUUAAUUGAAACAGCAAAAGAAGAGAUUAGUAAUAUAGAAAUAUCACUGCCUCCAGCAGCAGCAAAUGCUCCCUUUAUACAGUCUAGUGAUACAAUGGAGAUUAAUGAUUCCAUAGAUAAUAAUACUAGAGGGAAAAAUAACACUGUUACAGAAAACAAGGAUCCAGUAAGUCAAAAUGAUGGUAUGAAAACAGCAGACAAAGGAUCGUCUAACAGCAAAGAUGAAUCAGUCCAAGAGGCAGUUACAAAUAUUCCUCUUGAGGCUGAAGACAAAGCAAGUUCUGCUAGCAAUCCUGCGGUUGAUCUUCAAGGUGGCAAGCAAUCUGAUACAACAGCAAAGAAAACAAAGCCAGCAGCUACUGAAAAGACAACUGAAGACUCCAGUACUAAAAGGCAGAAAGUCAAACCUCCACCUCAAAGACCAAUAUCCGAUUCCAUGCUUACUGUUGAAGCUCUUCAAGCAUACAACUACAAUUUAAAAGUAUCUUUAAUUGUUGGAUCUGCUGAACCACAGAAGGCUUUGAAGAACCUACGUGGUCUAAUGGACUAUCAUUUCUCUGCUUCUGACAUUGUUCAAGUCAAAGACCUGGUUGUUACAUUAAGAAAGGUUCGUAGGUAUAAAGGUAACAGUAGAGUGCGUAGCAAAGCUAAUGAAGUCUACAAUAAAAUCAAGGGUCUCUUUGUAUGUGAUAAGGAUGUUAGUAGUAAGACAGUGACUGAUGAGAAUAAUUGUGUUCAAGACCAAAGUGGAGUCGAUAUCAAAAAGAGAAAGGUUGAUGAAGAAAAUCCCAGUAAAAAGGACAAUAUUAUAUUAGAAACAGAUUCGGGUGACAGGGAAGAUGAGUCAAUAGUUAGGAGAAGUAGACGCUCUGCCCUGCGUGGGCGAGUAAAUUAUGCUGAGCUAUCCAGUGGUGGCCAGCAUUAUUCCUCAGAUGAUGAUGAUCAGUUGGUACCAGAACUAUGAUGCAUGUAUAUAAUAUAUAUAGCACAAGUAUUACAAUUGUGCUUUAAUUAUAUUUCAUAGAUACACACACAAGCAUUGCAACUCUGUCCACUCUCACACUUGUACACACUCAUUUAUCCUCAUCCGUCAGUCCAGUAGUAACUAUCUAUUUAUGUUGUAUUAUGAUAAUGUAAUGAUUUCUUGCAGCCUGGAA